CUCCCCCGGCCCCCUCCGGUCCGGCCGGCCGGGGAUGAGGCGCUGCGGCUCGGCCACAAAGGCUCCCCCGGGGCUGCCCGGCGCUUAGCGCGGCCCCGCGCCCGCUGCUCCUCGGGUCCUCGGCCCUUGGGCCCGCGGUGAGGACGGGCCGGCGGUUCUCGGAGCCCCGCGGGAGGAUGUCGGGGGAUCCCGAAAUGGAUAAAGCGAUCAAGGAAACCUCCAUUUUAGAGGAGUACAACAUUAACUGGACUCAGAAGCUGGGAGCUGGGAUCAGUGGCCCUGUUAGAGUCUGCGUGAAAAAAUCCUCUCAAGAACGCUUUGCACUGAAAAUCCUUCUUGAUCGUCCAAAAGCUAGAAAUGAGGUACGUCUGCACAUGAUGUGUGCAACACAUCCAAAUAUUGUUCAAAUUAUUGAAGUUUAUGCUAACAGUGUGCAGUUCCCACAUGAAUCCAGCCCAAGGGCUCGGCUCCUAAUUGUAAUGGAGAUGAUGGAAGGGGGAGAGCUAUUUCACAGAAUCAGCCAGCACCGGCACUUUACUGAGAAGCAAGCAAGCCAAGUAACAAAGCAGAUAGCUUUGGCUUUGCAGCAUUGCCACUCACUAAACAUUGCACACAGAGACCUCAAGCCCGAGAAUCUCCUCUUCAAGGAUAACUCUUUGGAUGCACCUGUUAAACUGUGUGACUUUGGUUUUGCCAAAGUAGACCAAGGUGACUUGAUGACACCACAGUUCACUCCAUAUUACGUAGCACCUCAGGUAUUGGAGGCACAAAGGCGGCAUCAGAAAGAAAAAUCUGGUAUUAUCCCCACCUCUCCAACACCUUACACGUACAACAAGAGCUGUGACCUGUGGUCCCUGGGUGUCAUUAUUUACGUGAUGCUGUGUGGAUACCCUCCGUUUUACUCCAAACACCACAGUCGGACAAUUCCAAAGGACAUGCGGAAAAAGAUCAUGACAGGAAGUUUUGAAUUUCCAGAGGAAGAGUGGAGCCAGAUCUCAGAGAUGGCGAAAGACAUUGUGCGAAAGUUGCUGAAGGUCAAACCGGAGGAGCGGCUGACCAUCGAAGGUGUGCUGGAUCAUCCCUGGCUCAACUCCACUGAGGCACUGGAUAACAUCCUACCCUCUGCCCAGCUGAUGAUGGACAAGGCAAUGGUUGCAGGGAUACAACAGGCUCAUGCAGAACAGCUUGCAAACAUGCGAAUCCAAGACCUCAAAGUCAGUCUCAAACCCCUUCACUCCGUCAACAACCCUAUCCUGCGCAAAAGGAAAUUACUGGGCACUAAGCCAAAGGAUGGUGUUUACAUCCACGACCCGGAGAAUGGAAGUAAUGACUCCAAUGUGGCUCUGGAAAAGCUCAGAGAUGUGAUUGCUCAGUGCAUUCUACCACAGGCUGGUAAAGGAGAAAAUGAGGAUGAGAAGCUGAAUGAAGUGAUGCAGGAGGCGUGGAAGUAUAAUCGGGAGUGUAAGUUGCUGCGAGACACUCUUCAGAGCUUCAGCUGGAAUGGCAGAGGAUUUACUGAUAAAGUGGAUCGACUAAAACUGGCAGAAAUAGUAAAGCAAGUUAUUGAAGAGCAGACAAACUCCCAUGACUCUCAAUAGCUGGAGCUUCUUAAUCUUAUAUUUUUUUUUUACCAUUUAAGAUUUAUUCUUUAACUGUAAAAAGUAUUUUUAUGUAAAUUAAUAAAUCAUAAUUAUUUCAUUAAAUUUCCAUACUGCUUGAAAAUGCUGUAUAGUUGUAGAUACAAAAAAAAUCAUUGGUACUGUAAUAUUUUUUUAAAACUCAGUUCCUUGAGGUAUAUAUGAUCACUUACGUACUGUUAAUUGUAAGUCCCCCAAAUGGGGCAAAUUAUAUUGUUAAAAACCAUUCUUUUUCUUAAUAACCAGUUGCAGAAGCUGCCUUCCAUCUGCUAUACAUACAGCCAGCUGCAGUGACUAUAUAUAUGAAAAAGACAGCCAGUUUCUCAACACCCUGCUCAGUAAGUACUUGAAGCAAGUGCUGUGAAAUACAAACUUCAUAGCUACCUUUUGCACCUAAAUUCUGAGUAUGUAGAGGCAACAAAAUAGCCUUCUGUUCUGCUAGAUGACCCCAGAGCCACGCUUGGCCUUGCCAAGGGCACCUGAGUCCAUAUGCUAGUCCAUAUGCUGUGUUUUUCAGUUCUGAUCAGUAGCUGCCUUUCUUUCCCUUGUAACCCAUCUUCCUCAGAACUUCCUAAUGGCCGUUCAGCAAAAGGCUCCUCUUUGUAUCAUACUCUUCAACAGCAGAAUCAAAGAAUGUUCUAGUUACUUACGUACAAGCUGUUUUUAUUUUCCUGAUGGGAUCUUCUACAGACAACAGUAAGUAUGGGGUCCAUAUGUUUCAUCUCCAGAUCAGAAGCUGUGUGUGUUGCACCCUAUUCUUUCCUCUCUAGAAGAUCCAACACUUUGUUUCAGACUUAUCCUCUUGUUUGAAAGAGAUCAUCGUGGCAAGGUUCCUAGUACUGCUGUGUGAAUCCACAGUGAUCCUUUUCUUGUGUCACCCUCUGGAGUCCAAGCUCCCCAUCUCUUUGAGGCCUUCGAGCUCCUCCUGGUGGAGCCACAGAUGCAGGGCUGCUCCUUGACACGUCCUUACGCUGCCUGGACCACGAGGGCAGAUUCUUACACUAGUUUGGAACAUUGGCUCCAAAAGCUGCUUUUUUAUUUUAAACGAAACAGACAAAUGAAAAGAUUCUGUACAUAUUUCUAGUUUUCUACCUGCUGACACUUUUCUUUCUUUGAGACUGGUCGAAGGCUUUUUAUAGAGAUAUUUUGGUACCAAACAUGUGCAGACGUUGAAUGAGUUUGGUCUGCAGACUGAAGUGCCAAUUCAGGGCUAUUAGUAUUGACUCUUGAUCAUUAUUGUUAUAUUUCAUAGCUCAUUAAUUUUGGGUUUACAUUUACCAACUUGAGCCAUGAAUCUCCCAGUUUCCUCUUAUGGCAGUCCAGCCUCCUUUUUUGUCUCUUUUCUAUAACAGACUUCCUUGUAACCUUUAGCUUGGAUGGCAAACCACUGUCUGACUCUUUCUAUACAAUUUUGUAAGCGGUAACUCAGUUUUUCUACAUGAAGGAGAUAUUUCAUUUCCCAUUCUUCAUCAGCACCUUAUCAGCUUUCUUUUAAUCCUGUUGACAGUUUUCCAAUGCCUGAUUUACUGCAGAUUGAGAACCACAGUCCCUAGCUAACCAUCACUUUUUCUGAUGGAAUCGGGGAGUUUUGGCAUAAGCCAGAAUUGUACUUCUGACACUACAUGGAAUAUUUGUGUACUGACAUGCAUCAAUGACAACUGUAGGGAAUUGGCAGGAGAUGAGUAUUUGUCAUUUCUUGAUCUUGCAUCAGCAAGUUUGUAGGCCAUAUAUGCAUUUCUGUCCUAGUCCUAAAUACCAGACCAUGCCAACAUCCGCACAGUCUUGAAAUUUAUAGAUAUUUCCUUUAUAACUUGAAAUUUGUCUUUUUUGGGGGGAGAUAUCUCAUUGUGUGGGAACUUUUUAAGUAUGGCAAAUAAAUAAACAAGGAAAUCAACAGAGUUUGAAUAGGAGCCAGAAAAUUCCCCACAAAAGCACUUUGCAACCCUGCCCUCUGAGAAGGAAAACAUUCUGGCACUUUGUUGGGAACCAGAACUUGCAAGCCAGAAACAUGGAUCAGUUUGUAGCUAUGCCAUGCCACAGCCUGAUCAGCUCCAAGCAGCUUGGAAGCAUAUAUGGGAGUAUAACAUUAGGACAGGAUUGUUCUUUGACAGAUUGAUCUGGUGCUAAAGACAGCAAGGCUUGUGCACUGAUGCUUGUAGGGAUUGCUUCAGCCUGUUUUGUGCUACCAAGAGCAGUUACCAAUAGGGGAGUAGAUGCACCUGUGAUUGUGUUUUGGUGUCUGAAGGGAAGUCACAUUUUCUAAGGGCUUUGGUGAUGAGGAACUGCUUUUUUUAUGGGUUUGCUAUUGAUUUUAGUAUCUGUGAGAACUGAGAGUGGUCUGAUCUAAAAUGGAGGCAGGGAGGGACAGAUUAGGAAAAUUCAAGGUCAAAUAGUUUUACUUCUGGCAAAACUGAUUCUUUAGCUUUUGAAAAAGUUACGUUUUAGAUUUCAAAAUCAAAUACACUUGAAUUGAUCUCAUUUGCGUAUUUUAUAGUGAUAUUUUAUUUUCUCUUUUGUGUUUCUGUUCAGUUGACAUGAAUGCAGGAUACCUUAUUUGAUUGUGUAGCCUUUUAGUGGUAACAAUCUACUGAUGCUUUACAGCAGACUGUGAAUAUUGUAAAUAUCUUGAGAUGGAAGGGUUGUGUGGGAACAAAGAUGACAUUCUUUGUAAAAACACUAAAAGGAAAUGGGGAAGCUGUGUUGUUGGGUUGGUUGGUUUGUUUGUUUUCCUAGAAUUUUAUUUAAGAGAAAAGUCUCAAAUCAUUUGAAUUUUUCAAAACUUUAUGUAUAUCUGACUUCUCCUGUGACUUGAUUAUUUAAGGUAUAUAUAUUAAAAGGUUAGAAGAACUUGACUAGAGAAAGAUUGGAAAUAGCAACAUGUCAAAGUUUUGCUGUCACACUUUCACAUUUUUCUUAUAGAAACCUGAAUCUGUCCUCAUCUGCCACAUUCAACUCCUGUGUACGAAAACAUUUGCAUUUCUCCUUUUCAGUGUUACCUGUAACAUGUUAGUUUAUUUCUGAUCAGUAUUAUAUUGUAAAUAUUACGCAUCAGUGUAUAUAAAUGAUUUUACUAAACUUA